ACAACUCGAAGUCCGGAUGACAAAUAUCAUCUUGUCCAAACCAGUUGCGUCGAUUUAUUCAUAAAUAAGUUUUAUAUUUUAUUUCUGUCAUGGAGGAAGCGUUCAAUAAACUCAAAAAUAAUCGUCGGAAUUCCGUUGACAAUCUUAUUAAAUGGAUGAAGGAUUCAAAAAUCGUUGACGGCGUUAAUGUCACGGAGGAGAAAGCUCGGAAGCUCUUCGAAAACAUCGCCGAUUCAAAGAACGUCGAAAUUGAAAAGUUUCAAGAGGCAAUCAGUAAAUUGGCCACCGAACAGAAGAAAACUGUCGAAGAGUUCACCAAUACUCUGGCAAAAGAAGGCCCCAAGUUUUUAAAUGCUGCGUUCGAAGCCGCAAGCGCUGCUGCCAGUACGUUAAAAGAUACAUUAAUGAAAAAGUAACCGGUCCACUUCGUUCUUUCUACACAAUGUUCAGUUUUGUUAUGAAUAUUUAUGAGAGUGUGUUUGUU